GCGUGUGAGCAACGGCAAGUUAAGAAGCGAAUAUCUUUCACAAAAGGGUUUACACGAGAAAUUGAAGAACAGCAGAAAGGGCAAACCUCACAAGAGAGAAAUAGAAAUGGGUGUGACAAAGGAACAAGUCGAAUCAUCUUUGAACUCCAAACUCAACCCUUCCCAUCUUGAAGUAACUGAUAUAUCUGGCGGGUGUGGUUCAAGUUUUGCAGUUGAGAUUGUUUCAGAACAAUUUGAAGGAAAAAGGCUAUUGGAAAGGCAUCGAAUGGUGAAUGCUGCCUUAGAGGAGGAAAUGAAAGAGAUUCAUGCACUCUCUGUAAAGAAAGCUGUAACUCCAGAGCAGUGGAAAAAACAGCAAGAGUCCAACCAAUCAAAUCCUGCGGCCUAGAGCAUAUAAUAUUUAUAAAUAAAAAACCCUUACAAUAUAUUGCUGGCAGUAUUUGUGGAUCAUAGUUCUAUGUAUUAUUUGCUGCCACUCAAAUUUUAUGUUGCACUGCUAAAUUUUAGUUGACAAAGUCCCUGACUUUCAGUAGGGUAAUUUUAUGAUGAUUGUUCUUUUUAUACUUUCUUGGGUAUUGCUUACUAGAAUACAUGUAAGCAUGCUCAAUAGAGAUGAAAGUUGGAAGAAAUGAAGGCAAAGUAAAAAGCUAAGAAUGCAUGACUUAUGAAGGUUUCUUGCAUGUCUGAAUCCGAAUGGAUCAAUCAAUUUCUAUUUUUCCUAAAUUUUAAUUCUU